GUUGCCUAUCUGACAGGACUUGGAUCAACUUGGACGUGCGAAUGCUAAGAGGCCACCCCACGUCGGUCUGAAAGCGAUCUUGAAGAUGAAUCUGAGCACCUAUGCCACCGUUGCGCCCGAGGAUGUAGCUGUCAAGCCAGGCGUUGGUCUACCUGACAAGCCUUCGACGGCAACACCCACUGAUGGAAACAACAAAAGUACCCCUGGCGCUAGCUACGGUAACAAGGCUCCGAACGCCAACGACAAGCCAAGCGCUGACAGCGGUGCGGCGCCGGGAGCUAAGCCCGCUGACCAAGGCAACGCUGCCCCAGCUGGCCAGAACAAUGCGCCAGUGGACCCCAACGCUCCAGCAAUCAAGACGACUACCAAGACUGGUUCCAAGAUGCACGCUGAUGCGCACGUCCAGCCUGAUGGUACCAAGCUCGCUACGUAAGUGCUGUAGGGUCAGUCUCAGAGCACAACAUGCUGACCUUGUUGUUCCUGACAGUGUCGACGGCAAGAACGGUGCCGUAGCCGAGGCGCGCCUGAAGGGCUUCUCCGACGACUUGAUCCUUGCCUGCGCUUCGAAGCUGUCGCUGCAAGUCGACUACGACCCUCCUACCAACAACGGCACCGCUCCACAACAGAAGCAGAACAAGCGAAGCGAGCAACCUCUCCCAGAGUCGUACUGGAAGUGUCUCAGCGACACGCAAGCUAAGGCUCAAGGUACUCAUGCCAAGUUGCAGCAAGGCAGCAAAGCCAAGGCAGCCGGUACCGUCACCGAUGGCAAGACUGACUGUGAUGACCCCAAGAAGAAGGAGGAGGAGCCCAAGGAGGCUGCUAAACCUGCAGACAAGGUCGGCAAGCGUGCGAUCCCUUACGGAUCGCGCAGAGUCCUGUCUGACCGCGCUUGAUCAUCAUUCACAUCAUGGCCCUCACAUUUUGCCUAC